UUUAGAUUACGCACACUAAUAUGUAUAUAAUCUGUAAUAACAAGGCAUAAUGCUGUUUCAGCCUGUGCCAGGCCUUAACUGAGAAGUGACGCAGUGAUCGAUAUGCUCCUGCUCCUCUGACGAUGCUACAUUGAAUGAUGUUGCCUGCAAUGAUUUAAUAUACUACACUAUCGUUUCGUUAUCUCGAGAUCUCAAGAAAAUUAUCUUGGAAAAACGGAGGAAAUAAAAUGUAUGAAUCCAAGGCCCUUUAGGGCUUCUGUACUUUAAACACUUGAAACACCUUUCUUUGUCACAACUACAUUUGGUUGUGAGGACUUUUAUUGUGAUAAAGUGUAAAAUGGCGGCCGGAAAUGAUGGCCGACUGUUUGUCUAAGCCUCAGUCUAAAUCAGGACUGAACAGCUGAGACUGUCAGACUGACCAUAGAUGAUCUCUGAAUGCUUGGACGACUAAAAACUUCCCACCAAACUCAGUUCAGAAAGUGUCAGACUUGUAAAAUCCUCAGCCUGACGGCUCAACGGACUCACCAGUUGAGCUGUUGUGAUAUUUAUCAGAUUGUAAGGAGACGAUCUUGUAUUCGGCGUCAACUCUGUAGAGCUGCACCGCGUGUUUACACUUCGUGUUCUGACUUCAUAACUCAGUGUCGUCUAUAGUCUCCGCUGGGUGCCGUCUGUUAUCCCUGCCGGACGGACCGCAGUCAGGGCGGUGUCUGAACGAGUCAACCGACCUGGAGCCUUUAUAACGUGAGCCGGAGGCCGAAAUACCUGAACUAUUGUGAUAUAACCAAGAAGCACGCACGGAGCAGCCCUGCUUCACCUGAAGGGUCUCAAGGGAAGGUGGUUGGCUGAGCUCUUGGUCUUGUCUCUCAGGUGCUCUCCCUGCCUGCAGCAGGUGAUGUCUGUGUCUCAGGUGUGUCCCGGUCUGUAUCUCAGCGGUCUGGACUCGGCUCUGAACCUCGGGGUCCUGUCCAGCAGGAACAUCACGCUCAUCGUUAACGCCUGUGGGCUGGAGGACAUGUCCUACCCUCAGCUGGAUGGCCUGCAGGUCCUCCAUGUCCCCAUCCAAGACCAGCCUCAUGCCCCGCUCAGGCACUACUUUGACCCGGUGGCAGAACGGAUCCACAAGAACCAGACGGGGGGCACACUGGUCCACUGUAGCGCUGGCAGGAGCCGAUCCCCGGCACUGAUCAUGGCCUACCUGAUGAGAUUCGCAGGUCUGAGCCUCCGUAGGGCUCAUGAAGUGGUUCUGGAGCAGCGACCAUUCAUACGACCCAACGCAGGAUUCUGGAGGCAGCUGAUGGACUACGAGAGGACUCUGUUCAGCCGGAACACGGUGAGGAUGGUGAGGACGUCCAGCGGAGUCCUGCCUGAAGUUCUGCAGGACUCUGAGGACACAAACAUCACUGCAGCAGCAGCAUACUGUGUCAACAUCUGACAGACUCAGCAGACUGAUAACACUACUGAAGAACCGGUUUAUUAAAAGGACCAGUUCACACCGGUAGAGAUCAGACUGAAGACGGGU